AAUGAAUGUGGAACAUGAAAUUAGCCUCUUAGUUGAGGAGAUUCGGCGGUUGGGAACCAAAAAUGCUGAUGGACAAGUGAGCGUGAAAUUUGGUGUGCUCUUUGCUGAUGAAAAGUGUGCCAACCUCUUUGAAGCCCUCGUGGGAACUCUUAAGGCUGCAAAACGACGGAAGAUUGUCACUUAUCAAGGAGAGCUACUUUUACAAGGUGUUCAUGACAACGUUGAUAUCAUGCUACUGCAGGACUGAUGCAGUGUUUCAGCUAUGCAUUAAUAGAAUUGUUUGAGCCAGUGACUUGCAACAUCCUCUGAAUAAGGCUGAUCAUUCUAAGGCGUUUUGAUGUAUUUUCUAUAUCUUUAUAGUCAAAAGGAAACUGUCCUAUUUUGGAAAACAUUCCCUUUUGUAAUUUUUCCUAAAAUGGUACUGUAUGUGAGUAAGGUAAAAGAUGCCAGAUCUUUUUUUAUUUUUGAAAAUCUCAGGUAAUGCUCUCAAAUGUCUGGUGGUUAUUUUCAACAUAUGGAGAAGGGGUCUGGUAAUUUAAUGUUUACAAAUCAAAAUGUGCCAUGAAAGUAUAAAAUAAAAGCACAUACUUAAAUUUAUGUAA